AUGGCUGAAUGUGGCGACUAUGAUGAAUCCAUCCACACAUUGGGCUUUGUGUCAGAAUUUAGGUUUGCUCCAGAUCAGACAGAAGAAAUGGAAGCUGAUAUUCUAGAGCAGUAUAAAACAUGCAAAGGUCAAACUCCAGCUCAAGCGGAAUUGAGCUUUUUGCACAAAGUUAAAUGGUUGGAGAUGUAUGGUGUGGAUAUGCAUAUUGUUCUAGGGAAAGAUGGCAAUGAAUACUCAUUAGGUCUUACUCCAACUGGUAUUCUAGUCUUUGAAGGUAGCACAAAAAUCGGUUUAUUCUUUUGGCCAAAAAUUACAAAGCUUAAUUUCAAAAAUAAGAAACUGUCAUUAGUUGUGAUUGAAGAUGAUGAUGAAGGUAAAGAACAAGAACACACCUUCGUGUUUCGGUUACACAACCCUAGAGCUUGCAAACACUUGUGGAAGUGUGCCAUAGAACAUCAUGCAUUUUUCCGUUUGAAAGGACCUGUAGUAGAACAUGCUGUGAAACAAGGUUUUAUUCGAAUGGGGUCUCGUUUCCGCUACAGUGGUAGAACAGAAUUCCAAGCCACACAACAUAGCCGUGCUCGUAGAACAGUGCAGUUUGAAAGAAGACCAAGCCAAAGGUAUUCUCGGCGUCCAAAUUAUUCACAAACUCACGAUUUUCAAAAAUCUGUCACUAUUACAACAGAAAAUUCUGAACAAGGCAUUCACAAUGAUAUCUCAGCUGUACCUCCUGUUAUACCUAUUAUUAACUAUGAAGAGGAACCAUGUGUUAAUUUGGGAACUGCAGCAGAGAACAAGAUCACUGAAUUGAUUAAAUCAAUUGCCAAGGACACAUCCUUUGUUUCUGAAGCUGAAGAUACAAAACAAGAACUUUCAUGUUGUGCUAAAAAUAUAGAUAGUACUACAAAUUUAUCUGAAGCUGAAGUUUUAGCAUGCAAGUUGAAAGCCUUGGAUUCUUCACCAUCUAAAUUAAGAAAAGGUCUUCUGCCUAAAUCUGGUGGCUGUAGUUCUUCACUAAAAGAUGUUAAUAUUCUUCCAAAUAACCAAAUGUUGCCAAGUAGUGGUGGUGCCAAACCUAUACCUCUUGAUCAAAUGAAAUGCAAUAUUUUGAAAUCCAAAGUGAAUGAAGAAAAAUCUAAAAAUAAUGAUAAAUCUUUCUGUGGUGACAUAGAUGAAGAACCACAUUUACCUACUGAGGAGAAACAUGAUCUGCCUGUAAAAAUUUCAACCUGUGAUUUAAAUGAUAAAAGUUCCUGUGAUACCUGCCUCAAAGCCAAAAAAAGCCAUCCUUUAGUUCCAGAAGUUGCUGAAACUGUGAUGAUCUCUUCUUCAUUAGAACCUGUUACAAAAUCUAUUAUCAUCGAAGAACAUCAUAUAUCUCCAUGGCGUGUUUCACCUCCUCAGGAUAAAUAUAUUCUUACUACAGAGUUAUAGACAGAAUGAUAAUUCAAAUGUGAUAUCUUCUUUAGUGUGCAUUUCUGAUAUGUAUAUGUACUUGUACAUAGGAUCAAUAGCAAGUGAUAGACUAUUUUUAGAUUUGCUACUUAAAUAUUUGUGUGCAAGUCCAAAGACUCUUUUAAUUUUUAGGGGGGGGAGGAAUAUUUAUUUUUCAAGUUCUGAUAGCAAAACUUGAAUGUCAUUUUAAAUUAUGCACCUUAAAAAGCUAAUGGUAAAAUAUUUUUCUAAAAACCGUAUAAAUUAUGAUCAUUGAAAUAUUUUGGUAUAGAAUUAUCCUUGAAUCAGAUAAUUAGUAUUUUAAUAAUGUGCUAUGUAUAUUGUACAACUGAUUUUAUGUUUUAUAAUGUACUUUAAUGUAAUCUAUAACCAUGUUUUAGUACAGAAUACAUAUUUUUAUAUAGUGUCACAGUGUGUUUAAUAAAGUAAAAAGCGCUAUUUUAAU